CGACGAUAUAAAUAUUCUACUAAAAUUGCCCGUACAACCAACCAUAUCUAUCCUUCCUCUCAGAAGCCUCGCGACAACGACAUCAAGAGGAGAAUAUCGCACGGUAUUAACACGAUUCUACCAACCAAAAUGUUCCUAUUCGCAUUUAUAAUCCCUUUUGCAGCCAUAGUCACGGCUAUGUCGAUGAUCUCGGACGGCGGCAACCACCACACUAUACGUUGUGACAACGACUGGGACUGGACAUUUGUUUUAUGGAACAACGUCUGCAACGUGAGCAACGUGAUCCACUCUAUCAAAGGUUCUGGUUCCUAUGACUGCGCUGUUGCUGAUGAAGAGAACUACUUUGCCUGGGGAGUCGAUCAUAAUUCCCGAAUUAAACCUGGGUACAGUGUCACGUUCUUCUCCGACAACAACUGUAGUGAAUCUGGAAUAGGCGUUCUCAAUAGCACAACGAUGGAAACCUGCCACAGCGUAGGGCAAAAGAUUCAAUCCUAUCGUGUCACGCAAGAUCUGCGAGUAGACCUUCCCAAUGUCAGUUCUUACUCCUUACCCGUCGCAAGCUUAUCCGCUACUGCAAGCUCAAACACUUACACGAAAACAUCCACUCUUAUCAUCGACGUUACUUCAAGCUCAACCUCUACUUCAAGGUCAACCGCCACCACGAGUUCAGUUGCUUCCACGAGCUCAACAAUCAAUUGGUCAUUACUCCUCUAUAAUGACAGCUGCUCUAGUCCACCCAUACGUCUUUACGAUAAUGGCGCUUACGGCCAAUGCGAGGGUUUGGACGGCGACCACUAUAAAUAUUGGGGAGUUAAUAAGGAACACCCAAUCAGCCCUGGAUACAUGAUCGAGCUUUUCGGCGACAGAGAUUGCAUGGAAGUUGGAACGUCCAUCAUUAACAACAAAACGGAGGGCUCAUGCAUAAAUUCGUCAGACGGGCAUGUCAUCAAGGGGUAUCUUGUUUAUAAAAAGCCGUUCCCAGAAACUACAAGCGCUAAAUUCCCAUCUCUAUCAAUUGAAAGCACAGCCUCUGCUUGGAAGACGCCUUCUGUGAAAAGCACGGCUACCACUUCUAGUACAAUCACUGCUUCCAGCACAACUACUGUGGCGACCUCGAAGACCCCUGCAAACUCAAAUGCUAGCACGAGGAUUGUAACUCCAAGUCUUCUAGAACCAGCCGGUUCUACAAGUAUAACCGCUGCUGCAAGCACAUCCGCUCACACGGUAACCUUUUUCUCAACCAAAGCCAUUAAUGAUAUUGGCAUUAUUGGUCCAGAUACCACCAUGACCAGAACGAAAACCGGGACAACGACAACACGCACAGUGGCCGUCAGCCUUGGUGCAACUGGUCCAUCUGUUGUUGGUCGAGACUCUCCCAAUUGGGAAUGGAGAUUCGGAAUUUUCCAGGAUUACAAAUGCACCCAGGGAGGCCUUCUGAUUUCAGGCACAGGCUUUGGUUCCUGCCAGAAUAUUGGACACUAUCCCGAAGUUCGGCAAAAUUGGGCAAUCGAUCCUUCUUCCCCCGUUAGGUCGGGUUAUACAAUCGAUCUCUUCCGCAACGCAGACUGCACUGGUUAUCACGUUGAUGUCAUCAACAGUACCUCGGAGAAUGGCUGUCAUAGCACUCGGCGACUGAUCGGGUCUUACAGAGUCAGCAAAAACCAUUCCGUGGCUCCUACUGCAGUUUCGGAGUCACUAGUGGCGACGACACAGGCUGUUACCACUGUUCGCGGCGCUUCCCAUAACGAUUAGAGUUUAAUCCUUUAGCGCGACAGCUAUUACGGCUUAGGCAGUGGUAUGGUUGUUGGUGUUAUUGGGG